AUGAGAACAGUGAGGAGGUCAUACAUGAGAACAGUGAUGAAAAUAGUUCAUGAGAACAGUGAGGAGGUCAUACAUGAGAACAGUGAUGAAAUAGUUCACGAUGUCGUUCGUGAAGAAGCCAUUGCAACAAAGAAUGAGAUAAAGGAUUUCAUAGAACUUAACAAGGAGGAGUUUAAAGAAGGCUAUGAAGUGAAAAGAUGUGAAGAAGAUUUCUUGGCGUAUUUGAAGAAAAAGAGACUAAAGCCAAUGGCUCAAAAUAAGUUUCAAUCGAUGUUUGAAAAGAAACGUUUGAGCUAUGGUGGUGUAAGAAGCACAUAUUACUUUGUUAAGAAGUGA